GGCAAGGCGGAGGAGGAGGAGGCGGUGGAAGAGGAGGAGGAGGAGGAGGACGGGGGAGGAGACGGAGACAGAGACGGAGGUUGGCUCGGGCUGGCCGGCUGGCUGGAGAGGAGGGAUCAGAGGCGAGAGCAGCCCGGAGCCCCCCGGAGACAGGCGGCAGAGAGGCACUGGGGCUCUGAUAGGCGAUCUCCUCCUCUUUGCAAAAGCUCGCCCUCCCUGAUGUUCCGGCACCCUUUUCCACCAGAAGGGAAAAAAACUUGACAUCACAAAGCUGCAAGGAAGACCCGUCCCCCCGCGCCGCGUUUCCCGUGCGAAGCAAGGAAGAAAGAAGGUGGAGAGAAAGCCAGCGAGCCAACAAGCGAGAAGCCGCCUCUCCUUCUGCGCUGCGAAAGGAAGAAGGGAGCGGAAAAAGGAAGGGAGGGAAGACUGGAGCCAAGGCGCAAGGAGCUGCUGGGUGGAUCCCCCCCUCCCUUUCGUGUGCGUGCGUGCGUGUGUGUGUGUGUGUGAGUGCCGGGAGGCGAUGCACAAGCUGGGAAAGGAGGAGGGCGAACGGCACAGACAGCCGCCGGAGGAAAGAGCUGAGAACUGAGCUCGAGAGGCCGAGGAGCUGGCGACAAUUUCAGCUCCUGUCAUUCCAGGAUCAUCCUCAGUGACUUCCCGCUGGUUCUUUUUCCCCUCCUCCCUCCGCUUUCCUUCUCUCCUACCCCCCCCCCCCCGCGUCAAGGCGGUGGGUGGAGAGAUUGCGAGGGAAGAACUUUUGUCUGGCAUUUAAAAACUCUCGGAAAGGGAAACAAACAAGCAAGCCAGGCAUCCAGAAGGAGAGGAGAUCAAAGCGUUUUGGGAAGGGCAGGCGCCUCUUGGAACCAACCGGAUCAAGGUGCUGGUGUGUGUUCACAGAUAGGUUUGUCCAUUCAGGUCUUUGCUAAGAAGCAGCCGCAAACACACACACAAACCUAUCAGGACAAGGGCUUUUUCAAGGGGAUAUUUGGAUGCAUUUCUAUGAUUACUGUGGAUUUUUUGUUUGCUUAAUCACAGAUUUUUAUUUUUUUCCUGCAAACGUCCAGAUUCAAAUUCUUCUUGUCAAAAUUUAUUUUUUGUCUCGGCUUCCUGAUCCCACCAGGUUGCAUUUUUCUCUCCCCUCCCAACGUCUCUUGGCUGGAUUUAGGAUCUGCUUUGAUUAGUGGGGACUGCAAUCCUGUGCGCACCCUUACUUGGGGAGUAAGCCCUAUUGAACGCAACCAGUAACCGUGCUGUAAGGAUCUAAGUCUUGAGCGGCGUCGCAUUUUUUAGGGGAGGGGUGAAGACAGACCCCAACCACCACACACCGCCUGAAAGUUUGGUUCUGUUUUAACCAUCCCUGAAGAAGACAUUUCCACAUCCAGUUGCUGCGUUUGGGGAGGGGGUGGGAAAAGGGCAUCCUUUCUCUUCCAUUUUUGGGGGCUACUUCCCCUCACUCUUUUCCUCCAUUUUUUUCUAAUUAGUCAAAACUACCCCCAGUCCCUACACGCUUCCUUUAAAUGAACUGUAGAGAUUUUUCUUUUACUCCUCUGUGGAUCUAGACGGUUGUUCUUGUGUGUGUGUUUGUUUCAAGUGGGAGAAAGGGAAGAAAGACGAGAGGGGAAUCCAGCCCAAGCCUUUCCCGAGACUGGCGUAUGCUUCAGCUGGCUUUGGCUGUUUCUCCACCACCUCCUCCACUCCCAGCAACAGCAGCAACCCGGCCGCCGCCACCGGGCUCCCUCCUCUGCUCCCACUUCAUCCCCAUCAUUUCAGGCUGCUUAUACUGGCUGCCUGGACUCGGAUCCCGGAUUCUUCAUGAGUUGCGGACGACAUGCCCGUUUUUUAGCCGGGAAACCUUCUUCUCGUCCCGCAUGUUCAGGACCAAACGAUCGCUGCUCGUCCGAAGACUCUGGCGGAGCCGUGCGCCCGGCGGGGAGGAGGAAGGCGGCGAACUUGGAGAAGGACCAGCGGACAGCCGGGCGCAUGGGGCUGGAGACGGCGGCGGCGGCGGCGGAGGAAGUCGGGGUUGCUGCAUGGGCAAGUCGGGGAAAAUCGCCAAGGCACACAUCGGAUCGGAGGCUGAACUGAAAGCGUUGACCCACUCGGUGCUGAAGAGGCUGAAGGAGAAGCACUUGGAGGGCCUUUUGCAAGCUGUGGAGUCCCGGGGCGGCACUCGGACCUCCUGCCUCCUGUUGCCCACCAAGGUGGACUCCAAACUGGGCCAGCAUUGGUACUCCCUUCCUCUGCUGCUGUGUAAAGUCUUUCGGUGGCCCGAUCUCAGGCAUUGCUCGGAAGUCAAGAGGUUAUGUUGCUGUGAAUCCUAUGGGAAAACUCACCCGGACGUGGUCUGCUGCAACCCUUACCACCUCAGCCGGCUCUGUGAACUAGAGUCUCCUCCUCCUCCCUACUCCAGAUACCCAAUGGAUUUUCUCAAACCAACUGCAAGUUGUCCAGACUCUGUGCCUUCCUCCACUGAGACAGGGGGAACUAAUUACCUGGCCCCUGGGGGGCUUUCAGAUUCCCAAGUUCUACAAGAGCCGGGGGAUCCAUCACACUGGUGCGUGGUGGCAUACUGGGAAGAAAAAACGCGUGUGGGUCGGCUGUAUUCUGUUCAAGAGCCCUCCCUGGAUAUCUUCUAUGAUCUACCUCAGGGGAAUGGCUUCUGCCUCGGACAGCUCAAUUCGGACAAUAAAAGCCAGCUGGUACAGAAAGUCCGCAGCAAGAUUGGCUAUGGUAUCCAGCUGACCAAGGAAGUCGAUGGGGUUUGGGUUUAUAACCGCAGCAGUUACCCGAUUUUCAUCAAGUCGGCCACACUGGACAACCCCGACUCCAGAACGUUAUUAGUUCACAAAGUGUUCCCAGGCUUUUCCAUCAAAGCAUUUGACUACGAAAAAGCAUACAGCUUGCAGAGGCCCAACGACCACGAGUUCAUGCAACAGCCAUGGACCGGCUUCACUGUUCAGAUCAGCUUUGUCAAAGGCUGGGGCCAGUGCUACACAAGACAGUUCAUCAGCAGUUGCCCAUGCUGGUUGGAGGUUAUUUUUAAUAGUCGAUGACUCAAGACUUUAGAUUGGACUCAACAUUGACAUUUUAUAAUUACUUUGCUGCUAAAUAUCUCCUUCUGAGUGCUUGCUUUUUCAUGCAAACUUCUUUUGUUUGUUUGUUUCUGUUUUGAGAAAUAGCUUAUGGAAAGUUUUAUUUCUUUCUCUUCCCCCCUGCCCCCCGUUGGUAUUUUGAUUUUUUUUUUUAAGUGUGAAUGACCAGUAACUCAGAAGGGGAAAAGGAAGGCACAAUGGAAGGACAGAAACGGGGGAGAAAUGGAGGAAUGUUCAGCUGAAUGUACUUCAUUAGUGCAUCCCUUAAGCUAUUAUCCAAACCUGGUGGGCGGAAUUGGGUACAACUUGCAUUUUGCUUAGCUACUUCUUUUGGAUUCAGAGGUUCUUCUGACUUACUAUUUUGUUGUAAACACACACGCACACAUCCCAAUUCAGAGGCCUGUCUGUGCUCCUUUGGAUAAAACCAUGUUCUUGUGCACUUGGGCUGCCCAAUUAAUUUCCAUGGAAGAAACAGAUCUGCACACUUCAUGGUAUAGUGUAUCAAAAUCUGUUUUCUCCGUGGAAAAGAAUGGAGAAGCCAUUGCAGACAGGGGAGCUCUAUACGCACACUGGAGUUCCCUUGCUUGUAAGAAAUUGCUGGAUGAGGAAGACUUCUUAAAAACACAUGAAUCUAGCACCAAGUUCCCUACAAACUUGCUGCUAAGUCAUUUGCGUGAGUCAUCAUCUGUGAGAUGCCUCUUCCCCCCACCUCCAUGUCUAUAACAAAACACCAGUUCAUCUUGCUGCAGCUUCUGCCUUGGAGCAGGUCAUUCCAGUUGCUGUUUGUUACAAAUGCACCCCCUUCUUGGCUGGUAUGAAGAAAGCCAGUCCAUGGUGGUGAAAAAAAAAAAACACCCUCAUGGUCCCCGGCACAGAAAGACUGACCUGGGUGCAGAGAGUCAGCAUGGGGAGCAAAUGCAACUGAAUAAAAUUUCUGCCAAUAUUUCACAUUUUCUUUCUCUCUCUGUCUUCUUGCCUGGUCGUGGUCCCACCGCACCCCACUGCUGCUUUAACACUUCAUGUCUGUGUCACCAUGAAGGAAAACAAGCUCGUUCAUGGAAGAAGCAUGGGCUGGAAGGAGUGUGCCCAUGUUUCUGUUGCGUUUAGUGAUCAUCUGUGCUAUCUGGAAAAGUUAGGUGCAUGAUGGCCUGUGCUUUGCAAACUGAUUUGAGAUGCAGACUUCUUGGACACCCUUUCCUUUUUUUUAAAGGAUUAAAAGGAUUUUCAGUAUUUAUCCCUUUGUAACCUGCCCCGAUCAAGUUGACAAUAGUACUGUUUGCAUCCAGAAAUUGCAGUCAUUUGUUUAUUUCUUCUUGAAUUCAUACACAUAGUAUGAUAAUUUUACACUGUUCUUAGCUCAAUGAGCAUGUUAAGACCUUAACAUAAGCUAUUUUUCUAAAUAUAAAAGGUUUAAGUGAACAAGAGAAGCAUUCUCAUUGGAAUUUUAGCAUUGAAGUGCUUUGGAAAAUAAAACAAACAACAAAAAAGAGACUCCUUUAAAAAGAAACCCUGAGAUUUAUUAAAGAAAAAAUGUAUUUUAUGUUAUAUAUAAAUAUAUUAUUACUUGUAAAUAUAAAGACGUUUUAUAAGCAUCAUUAUUUAUGUAUUGUGCAAUGUGUAUAAACAAGAAAAAAUAAGAAAAGAUGCACUUUGCUUUAAUAUAAAUGCAAAUAACAAAAUGCCAAAUUAAAAAAAAAAAAGAUAAAACACAAGAUUGGUGGUUUUUUCCCCUCCCUUUGGGUGUUAUCAUCCAGCUGAAUGUUUUUCUAAAGGAGUAUGUUCCAUUAAAAAUAAAAAGUACACAUGAUCUGA